AUGGUAAAACUAUCAAAACCAAUUACCCACUUUCCCAACCUCGCCCAUCCCCUCUCUCUGCUACCUCCCAACUACAACUUCGAACUCAAAAAAGUGCUAUCAACCAUAGCACGCCACAACGUGCAAAAGGUGGGCCUGCAAUUGCCGGAUGGUCUGUUAAAGUACAGCACCAUUCUGUCGGAUGCAAUUGAGGGUAACACCACAGCACGUGUGGUAACACUUGCUGAUGUUGUUUAUGGAGCGUGCUGCGUUGAUACGGAUGCGGAUGUUGAGCUGAUUGUGCAUUAUGGACAUUCCUGUAUUGUGGGAUGUGGGGUGAAGGUGCUUUAUGUUUUUGUGGACGUGUUUUUUGAGAGCGAACAUUUGGAAGGAAUGGUGGGACGGAUGAUUGAGGAGAUGGGUGAAGAGGGCGGUAAUGAGAAGGGUGAAGAGAAGGGUGAGGUGAAGGGUGAGGUGAAGGGUGAAGAGAAGGGUGAAGAGAAGGGUGAGGUGAAGGGUGAGGUGAAGGGUGAGGAGAAGGGUGAAGAGAAGGGUGAGGUGAAGGGUGAGGUGAAGGGUGAGGUGAAGGGUGAGGUGAAGGGUGAGGUGAAGGGUGAGGAGAAGGGUGAAGAGAAGGGUGAGGAGAGGGGUGAAGAGAGGGGUGAAGAGAGGGGUGAAGAGAGGGGUGAAGAGAGGGGUGAAGAGAGGGGUGAAGAGAGGGGUGAAGAGAAUGGCAAGAAAAUGAUGAGCGAGGUGAAUGGCAGAUAUGGGAACAAAGAGAAGGGUGGUAAUAGCAAUUCAACCACCUCUACCAUCUUAAGCACUCCAACCACGUGUAACAAAUCAAUCACAGUGCUAGGAACAGUGCAAUACCGCCACAUCGUAUACAAACUCAACAAAAUGUUCAACCUGCCCACCUACCAGGUAAAGCCCCUAAGCACCGGGGAAGUGCUCGGCUGCACAAGUCCAAAGGUGCACACCCCCAACGUGGUGUUCAUAAGCGAUGGCCGUUUUCACCUCGAAUCGCUGAUGAUCGCAAAUCCAACCGUGCGAUUCUUCCGGUACUGCCCGUUCAACAAGCGCAUGUACCGCGAGCACUACGAUCAUGCACGUAUGCACCGCGUACGUGCACAGCAGCGCUGUGCAUUCAUGCGCUCAAGAACAGUGGGCAUAAUUAACGGCACACUCGGUGCGCAGGGCAACAGCCGUAUCGUGGACAACGUGCACGACGCGCUUGUACGUAUGGGAAAGGAGGUGUACGUGUUUAAUAUGGAGGAGGUGAAGGAGAGCAAUUUAAGGUUUCCGUUCGUUGAAGGGUACGUGCAGGUGUGCUGUCCACGGCUUAGCAUCGAUUGGGGGCAUCUUUACGGCACGUUCAUGCUGUGUGCGUAUGAAGUGUUUAACGAGAGGAUAAAGGAGAUGGACUUCUACAGCAAGGAGGAGAUAAGGCCGUGGAACAAUCACUGA